AGAAAUUACAUUGUCUUUUGAAGUAUGGCUUCGAGAAGCAAUGGAGAAAAUGACGUAUCUGAAGAUUUUAAGGAUUUAAAUUUAAAGGACACUUUAUCAAAACUUGGUUAUUUUGAUUCUAUAGAAAAUGUAAGGAAGAGAGAUGAAAUUUUGAAAGAAAUGAAUAGUCAUGUCAAAGAGUGGCUACUGGAAGAGUCGUCAUCUUAUUCAAAAUCUUCAUUACAUUCUGUUGAAAAGUUUGUUUAUCCUUUUGGAUCGUAUGCUCUUGGGUUUAUUGAAGAAGAUUCAAAUAUGGAUUUAAUUUGUAUGGCACCGGAGAAUAUCCCUAUUACAACUUUCUUUUCGUCUUUUUCUCUUAAACUUCAACAGUUACGAGACGUAACGUCUAUGAGAAAAAUUCCAAAGACGCUUAUACCAGUUCUUUUACUCACUUAUAAAGGCGUUAAAUUGAAUUUAGUUUAUGCAAACGUCAAUAUUAGAGAUUUGUCUCGUGCCGAAUCUUUACAAAGCUCUGAUAUUUACUACAAGUUGGAUGAACCAAGUAUGUUAAACGUACAUAGUUAUCAAGUUGCAAACGAUAUAUACGCAAGUAUAGCUAGAAAAGAAGAAUUCGGAAUCGCUUUACGUGCUAUCAAACUAUGGGCUAAAGGAAAAAAGAUUUAUUAUGCCAAGUAUGGAUUUCUUGGUGGCGUUUCGUGGACUAUUUUACUAGUAUACAUAAAUCAAUUAUAUCCUAGUUCUGACGCUUCAACACUAGUUGCCAAAUUUUUUGAAACCUUUCACAAUUGGCCAUGGCCUAAACCAGUCACCAUCAAAGCUAGUAUUCCAGUACCCAGAAGAUUCCUAACUUACAAUUGGAGUACAGUAAAUCGUAUAGCCAGAUCGCAAAUAAUGCCAAUUUUAACCCCAACUUCUCCUCGGAGGAACUGUGCUUAUAAUGUUUCGAAAUCCAGCCUUAAAAUUAUAAUGUCCGAAUUAAGAAAUGGAAAUUUAAUUACAAAGAGAAUUCUGAAAGGCCAAGAUGAUUGGUUAAGUCUAGUAAAAGCAGACCCAUUUUUUACUGCUUUCAAAUAUUUCCUGUUACUAAGAGCAACGGCUGCAAAAAGCGUUGAACAAGACUUCGCCGGUCUAAUCAGCGGUAGUAUUCAUUUCUUCUUGAAAUAUCUAUCAGAAUUGACGCAUGUAGACAAAAUUCGAGUUCUACCAGAUUCAUUCAAUUCAGAAUUGGGUAAUAAUGAAAUGAUAUGGAUAAUUGGUAUUGAAUCAUCCGAUGAAUAUCAGACAAAGCGUCUAGGAUUUUCAUCUGCCAUUUGUAAAUUUAAAGACCAGAUAGUCGAAAGGGCGGAAGAGAGUAAUAUUCCGAAAUCAAAGAUCAUGUUCGAUAUUGAAGGAGUAGAGUAUGACAAUCUAAAGUCUACUUUACCUAAAGAUAUUUAUCAUAAAAUAUUAUCAUAA